AUGUCGCUCGAUGAAACUCAGCUCACAGCUAAAAUGCGUGACGUAUGGAACUGCCCCGAAUGUGUGUCUAAAAAACCAGUCUCCAAGAAAAAUGACAACACACCCAUACGCAAUGUGAAUACUAGUAGAGGUAACAAAAGACCGGCCCUCAACUCUCCACCAACUGAUAAUUCACGGGCAUCCAUGUCACGCGACGAUAUUCGUGAAAUUCUUGAAGUUAUGACAAAGAACAUGGACGAUAAUUUUGCCAAAAUGCGCCAAAAUAUGACUAGUGCUUUGGAUGAGCAAUUGAAACCAAUAAGAGCUGAACUAUCGCAAAUGAAUGACUCAAUGAACUUCAUCAGUAACCAAUACGAGGAUCUGAAAAAGGUUCAUGAAGCUUCUCAAUUAAGAGUUACAGAACUAGAAAAACAGAGUGUGGAAUUAAAAGCUACUGUGGAAGAUCUAACGCUCCGUAUCAACCAGGUUGAACAACAGUCCCGUCAGAAUAAUGUGGAGUUGCAAUGCGUUCCGGAAGAUAAGAACGAGAAUAUAAUGCAAAUUAUUCAUCAGCUUGGGAAGACGAUUGGUUGCAGACUAAAUGACAAUGAUGUUUUGAAUUGUACACGCACGGCGAAAGUAAAUCGCUCCAGUACCCGGCCUCGUUCCAUUGUGGUGCAGCUGGCUUCUCCGAGGUUGCGCGAUCAACUGCUUGCGUCAACGAUCAGCUUCAAUAAGGCAAAUCCGCAAAACAAGCUGAACAGUUCACAUCUUGGUCUGUCCGGCAACAUCACUCCUAUAUUUGUAACCGAACAUCUGUCACCGUCCAACAAAGUAUUGCAUGCAGCAGCCCGACGUGCAGCCAAGGACAAAGGCUACAAAUACGUCUGGAUUAGAAGCGGAAAGAUUUUUCUGAGGAAAAGUGAUGAUACCGAAUUCAUACUAGUAAAGAACAUGGACAUGCUAAAAAACAUCAAAUGA